AUGUGUUCUCCAAGUAUUCAAAAGGAUAUUGUUGAUUCUUGUGCUAAGGAAACAAUCAAAUCUAUUCUUGAAGAUUUAGAUGGGAAUUAUUUUGGUAUAUUAGUCGAUGAAUCAAAAGAUAUAUCACACAAGGAGCAAAUGGCACUUAUUUUGAGAUAUGUUAACAAAGAAGGAGAAGUGAUAGAACGAUUUGUUGGUAUUGUUCAUGUUAGUGAUACAUCUGCUUGUUCAUUAAAGGAAGCAAUCUAUUCUUUUCUUUCAGAUCACUCAUUAAGUCCAUCCCAAAUACGUGGGCAAGGUUAUGAUGGAGCUAGCAUUAUGCAAGGACAUCUAAAUGGUCUUAAAACUUUGAUUUUGAAUGAGACUCCAUCAGCAUAUUGCCUUCAUUGUUUUGCAUCUGGAUAA